AUGCUAGCGCUCUGCCGUCGGGCUGCGUUGUCGGAGGUGGCCUCUCCUUCAUGGAGAGCGGCUCUGCAACACAUAGGACUUGAGUACCCAACACAGCAUGGAUUAAAUCAAAGCAUCCGGGGAGUGGCAAAGCAGGCCACAGAGGUCCGCCCUGGGGCCGUCCUGGAGCUGAAUGGGAAGCUGUUGCAGGUGGUGCGAAGCACCCACGUAAACGCCGGGCGCCAGCUGGGCAAUAUCUCCAUGGAGCUCCGGGACCUGGCCAGCGGCGCCAAGCACCCCGCCAAGUUCCGCCCCUCGGAGAGCGUGGAGGUGGUGCACCUGGAGAGCAGGCGGUACACGUGCCUGUAUCGCGAGGGCAGCCUACUGCACGCCAUGGAUGCCGCCACGUACGAGCAGGUGGCAGUGGAGGCCAGCCUGUUUGACCCGGGCUCGGCCUACCUGGUGGAGGGCAUGGAGGUCAGCAUGGCUUUCCACGACGGCCGGCCCAUCGUGGGCGAGGUGCCCGCCACCGUGACCCUGGAGGUGAGGGAGGCGGCCCCGACCAUGAGGGGCGAGACCGCGGCGCCGUCCUACAAGCCCGCAGUGCUCGAAAAUGGGGUCAGGAUCACGGUGCCCCCCUUUGUGGUGGCCGGGGACAAGGUGGUGGUCGACACACGGGAGGGGACCUUUGUGAAGCGGGCGUGA